AUGGAAUCGUCGAAUAAUAACACCACUUCACCGAUUGAAUCUUUUACCACGAAUGUUAUAACUCUUUCUAACAUUGUGAGUGUAGGCUGGCGCAAGUAUUCUUAUGCUUGUUCCUCCGACCAACUCCGCUCUUUUAUCACCUCCGCACCUCUACUGUCGUCGUGGUCAGAAGCCACUAGUCUUCCACCAAUGGACGAUCCUAUCGUUGCUAACUACUUGAAGCUGCUCGAAGAAGGAGUUCCAUGUACGUGGCAAUACAGUGGUGAAUCAAAAGGUAGCUUUGAAAAUCUUUUUACAGACAAUAUGAUACUGCAUAGAGAACUGUGGAUUUUUUGGCUUGAGGGGCAAAAAAAUGACCUCUCCUCUCAAAAUAAUUUGAAACAAACAGAUGGAGGAAGUUUCUCUUUGAAAGAUAUCGAUUCUCACACAACAGAAUAUCAUUUAUUCAUAAAAUCUAUUAAAAAUUUAAUAAGCCGAUCUUUAAUAGGGAAAGGUGCAGUCCCUUUGGGUGAAUGGAACGCCUUUCCACAAAAUUUUCAGAUAGUAUAUGAAAGGUUAGAUAAAGUACAUCUAACGGCCACAAAUUUAAUCAUCCAGCCGAUUGUAAAAUAUCAAAGUUUACGUCCUCUAGAGCCUAGCGACCUUGAAUCACCAGAUAGCAUACGAACCGUAAUAUCUCCUUCUGGUCUACGAGCCGAUAUACUGCCUAUUCAGCGCUAUGAAGAAGAGGACGUAUCUGCUAUCUCGAAAGAGUUCAAGACAUUUUUUAAUCUUGAUACAUCAAAAAUGUCUGGCACAAAUGAAUCAUAUUUACCUCCUUUAGUGCAAAUAUCAAUAAAGCAAGAUGUUAUAAAAGAAUUUCCUUACCCUUCACAAUAUAUAUAUGUUGUUACUGAGGGUAAUAUAAGCUAUCAACGUGGAAUUUCGGAUUUCGGAAUGGGUCCUGUAUUAUGGAGCAAUUUGGACGGUGGAUUAACAAAUAAUAUUUUGUCAAAAGAACAACUUCUAAAUGACAUCAAUUGGUGGCACUACAAUGAUCCGUUACGUGAUGUGGUAACCGUACUGAACCAAAGGGAUUUUCAUGACUCAAGUGUCCCAUCUCCAUCCGGUCCAGAAACUCCAAUAGUUAACGUAACAUUUAAUGCAAACUCCCCAGCGCCUUCUUUAGCUCCUGUAUCAAGGUCCAAAAAACGACCUUUGGGAGACACAAGAGCUUAUCCAUCUCCACCUGAUGUAGUCCAACCGAUGCCUGCUGAAGGAUUGAUUCCACAGCUGCAAAAUGAAGAUGCAUUAUCUAUCAAUGACAACAUGAUGGCUAUGAUGGAGUUUGACUACGAUCCAAACUUCACGGAAAUAACGGAUGCAGAUUUUGAUGUUUUUAAUAAUAGUGGAGAGCCUCUAGUUCAUACAACUGCGCCAACAAAUUAUCUAACACCAGCACCAGAUACAACAACAGUUGUCAAAGAACCAAUAUCUAUUACACCACAGUCUCCACCGAAGAAAGCAAACAAUAGUAAUUUCGCUGAUGAUCUUAAGUGUUCUCCAGAUAAAAAGACAAAUCCACUAGUUCCUGCUGAAUACGCCCCAUUGGAAUUCGUCAAAGGCGUGGAUGAUUCUAAAUAUCUUCCUGGUGGAAGAUUCUUUAUACACACCAAUCGGAAAAAACGGAAACGUUAUAUAUACGGCCCUGAAUACAUUCCACUACCGAAAUUAAAGCCCAAAAAGCAAAAAAUCUUGAGCAAAAUUCCGAAAAAUGAAGUGGAAGAUAAUGAGUGUUCAAGUUCUGAAAGUUUCACAGAGGGACGUUUAUCAAUGAUGAUUGAUGGCCUUUCUAGUUGCCGAAUGCUUCGUACAUUAAAUGAAUCCGAAUCAAAAGGUGACAUAACGAAAGUUGCUCUUACAUAUCUUUGUGAACAAGUUGUACUUGGUUCCUACCCUUUUGGAGUCGGUAUUCGUGGCGAAGGAGAAAGUACGCAUGAGCUACUAGAAUCUCACAGGUGUCUCGUUGAAAAUUUAAGUGGAGAGCUACCCACAGCAUCUGUGCUUCCAUUCGAGGUAGAUAAAGUCAUCACUGAAGUUAAAAAAUCGAUGGUUGACAUAUCCACUAGCAUGCAAAAACCAGAUGAUUUGCAGUUAUCUAUAAAAGGGCCACUAACGGUUCGGGAAUAUCAUAGUCUUGAUGCAUGUCACGAAUCUGGCUCAACAAUACAAAAUAAAGGAGAUAUGGGAUCAAACUUUCGGGAAUUCUCUACCCCUGACGUUAUUACUAGCGCAAAUGAAUAUUUAAUUGAAACCUCUCCUGAAAUUUUAAAAUUCUGGGACACUCAUAAGCUUACUCCAUAUGAUGGAGCGAAGAAUGUCAAGUAUCUUGUGAUGUUCCCUGAAUCGGAUAAUCUUCGUUAUUACAUUGAAUACUUUUUUGAUGAAUUACGAGUUCAAUACGAACACCUCUGUGCAUUAGGUUCUCAUGAAGCUGCUCCUGUAACGAUAAAUAAAAAAAUUAAUAAUGGCCUUGUACCGAUUUCUUUAACGCAACCUUCGCCAAACGAGUCAGAAUUAUUACUACAAAUUCGAAGCUACGAAGUAGCUUGUGAACGAUUAGGUAACAUUGGCAGUUUAUUCUUGAAUCAUUUGAAACCAGUUCUGAAUAUCUUUACAUUUUUAGGCAAGUCAUUGGCACAAUCUGCAAAACAAUAUGAAGAUCAUAACCUCGUUAUAUAUUUGGUCAAUCCAUGGAACCAUUUGUCGUCAAAUUUCGAUAUUUUAAUAAGUUUUGCAAAACUUAAAGCAUGUUUUAAGGAAGGCAAUAAGAAAAAUUCAUAUCUCAUAUUUCCACAAAUUGUGCCAAUUGAUCAUAUUGUUCGAUUCGGUAAAACAACCAGCUCGUCGUUUAGGCCAAAACCUGUGCUUAAAGAACUAGCAUUUUCUGUUUAUACUAGAUCUCAGACAUAUAAAGCACCAUUCAUUUUACCCAAACCAACUGUGUUAUCGGUAAACUUUAAAUUGACUAAAGACCCACUGCCUAUCGAAGAGCUUGUCACAUAUGAUACUAUCCUUCAAAUUUCGUAUGGAUAUAGUUUUGAUAAACGCAGAUUGUUUUUUGUAUGGGUGGAUAUGCAAGGAAAGCACUUAGGCUAUGAAUCGUUUUCCACGACAGUGCCAUCGUCAUCAACGAAAAAUUUAUUUAAUUUAGCUUGGAUUAAAAUUCGAAAAACCAUGGGAGACUAUCGGCAGACAAAUAUCACCAAGGUCGGGGUGAUAACUAAGGAAGAAAAAGAUCUAUGGUUACAAAUAACUGGAGGCGGUAUUACUAUUCUAUCAAUUGAUAUUGAACCAGCCUUGACCAUUAAUCCUAUUUUGGAAAGUAAAUAUCAAAAAUUAAAGGCAUGUGGCAUGGUUUUGAAUCAUCCAAUACCGUUACAAGAUUUUCUACCGGUGGCAACCGGAUAUUUACUAGAAAUGGAUACCACCGAUAUAGUGUCUAGUGCUAUCCAGGUUAAUCUACUUCAUUCACCUAAAUCCGAUAAGUACACACAAGUUUUAUGGGAUAUUCUGAAACAAUUUCAUACCCUUACAUUUAUGGAAAUGACCCAAACUCGCGCGUGCCUUCCAUUUCACGUUCUAUCCGUUGAACGACUUGCGCGAGCAUUUGUAGGAGCGCCUACAUAA